AUGGCCCCGCGGCGACAGCCUCCUCCUCCGCCUCCUCCGUCCGAGGCCACCGCGAUCGCCCACCCCGGCUCUGAAGACGCGAGUGCGUGGAGGUGCUCUUGUCGAUCGGGUGCAAACCCAACGCCGCCUUGCGAUUGGCUGCCCAGCUCGGAGGGGGACCCCCCCUCGCCGCCUCCUCCCUGGGGAGGGAUUGUAGACGAACGAGGGGAAGUCCUUGAGGUUCAGAGGCGAGGCGCGCUGGGGCCAGGCUGGCGACUCUCGCUCGCCUGCCUCGGCUGGUACCCCCCCCCAAGGGAAGCAAGCGGCGAGGCUGGACGCGGAGAAGGGGCGGCCGGUGCUGCGGGAGGAUAUGACGAGCUAUCCCUCCUCCAAGCAGCCCCCAGCCGGCUUUCAGCCACGGUGGAGGGUGGGUGGGUGCAAACCGGAUUACGGGGUUCCCUUCCUCUCACCCCGGGGGACCCGGGACCCCAGGGAGCGGAGCUGGGUUUGCUGCUCUCUCGCUCCCCCCACCCUCUCCCUCCCGCCUGGAGCGCGACUGGUUUUCCAAACGAGGACCUUAAAAUCGUCUCAUGUGUCUGUGGUGCGGAGGUUACAUGUGGUGACCUGUGUUUAUUGAGAGUCGAUGAGGCUGUAUCCUGGGAACCUGGGGGAAUCUGUUUCGCGAGAAAUCUGGUUCUGUCUGAAGGUGGUGGGGAUGGCGGCGGCGGCGGCGGCUUUAAAGGCAUUCAGCCAGGCAUGGAUUGGGCUUGUGGCCCUCUUGGCCUGUCAGCUCCGUUGUUGGUCGCCUUCGAGCCGGGCAGAGGAGCUGGGGGGCUGCUUAUAGGGCUGGUCGGAUCGGUGCCAGAAGAAACGGCUGCCUUCGUUAAGGAGAGACAACUCCGUUUUGCCAAAGUAUCUGGUAGAUUAGAUGCUCUGCAGAUGAAUGCAUCUUUAACAGGAUUCCUGACAUUGAUUAUAUCGCUCACAUAA